AUGGGACAAUGUUGCCCAGGCGUUGGGCCAGGCCGCAUCUACGAGGCACUCCGCGAGGCCACCCUGGCGCGGGCAGUCAGUCCCAUGGACCUGAGCGUCUUGCGGCUCAACUUCGACCCAUCCAGGCGCUUCCGGCGCGUCUACCACCUCGGCGCGCUGCUCGGCGAGGGCAGCUUCGGCUCGGUGUGCUCAUGCACACGCCGACUCACCGGUGAGGAACGGGCUGUGAAGCAGCUGCUGAAGUCCCGGAUGAAGGACGGCGGUGAGGAUGUGCUGAACGAGUUAGAGAUUCUCGCCACGCUCGACCACCCCAACGUGGUGAAGUUCUACGAGUUUUUCGAAGAUGACCUGGCCGUGCUCGCCGUGACGGAGCUUUGUGGAGAGGGUGACUUCUCGUCGCUGCUGCCCCGGGGCCCCGGCGAGGAGGACGUAAGGCUCCUGUACAGGGAUGUGAUGCUGGGCCUGGCCUACUGCCACUCCUUCGGCAUCGUUCAUAGGGACCUCAAGCUUGCGAACUGCGUGAUCGCCCGAAGAGGUCCACACGACCGAGCAGUCGCCAAGAUCAUCGACUUCGGCCUCGCAGUUCUUCGCCGGGAGGAAGACUGCGACGAGGAGUGGCUCUACGAGACUUGCGGCACAGCCGCCUUCCAAGCCCCAGAGGUCCUCCAGCGAAGCUACGGUGAGAAGUGUGACAUCUGGUCCUUUGGCAUCAUGGUCUUGAUGCAGGUCAAGGGUUCGGACAUCGACCCUGUCCAGACGGCGAGCCGGUCCGAGCGCUACGAGAAGCUGGAGCUGUACCUGGACGUGAUGUCCCAAGAGCUGGGGGGCAACAAAGCAUUCCGGCUGGCACAAAGACUGCUUUGCCGGGAUGUGGCGCAGCGACCCAGUGCGCAGGCAGCUCUGGAGAGUUCGUGGCUCCGUCCGCCAAGCGUCCGAGCUCAAGAGGCAGCCCCAGACCGCCUGACCCGCAAGGACCGGAGCUAUCUGCGCCGAAGCCUCUCGGCCUUCGCGAAGCUCUCCCCCUUCGACAAGGUGGUCCUACUCAUGGCGUCGAACGCCUCGAGGUGUCAUCGCAGCGACUUCUGCCGCAAGACCUCCAAGCUCUUCAUGAGCACGGACACGGACAAAAGCGGUUUCCUCAACCAGGAGGAGGUGCAGCGUGCACUGGCGGCCUGUGGAUUGGAGGCAGACGAAGAGCAAGUUGAAGAACUCUGGCACGCCCUCGACGCAAGCGAAGACGGGCGCGUCACCCACAGCGAGUGGGUCAGUGCCACGAUGGAUGAUAGCACGCUCCGGAGCAAAACCACAGCCAAGGAGCUCUUCGAAUGGCUCGACUUCGAUGGGAGCGGCUCUGUGAGCCUUCACGAGCUGAAGAGGCUGGUCACCGACGAGGAGGCCUCGGAGGUCUUGGACUCUGCAGACAGUUCCGGCGACGGCCUCCUCAGCUUUGAGGAGUUUACAGAGCUCAUCCAUUCCAUCGCCAGCCGACGCUACGGCCCAGAUCCAGGGAGCCCGAGCGGUGACAGCGAGCAGGAGACCGGGGGAGUCCUCUGCGGUGGAAGCACCGGGAACUGCGGAGCAGCCAAAGAGUUGCCAACGCCCCGGGCGACGCCGCUGGGUAGGACGAUGAACUGGCGGCUGGACAGCUUGCCCCCCGCCAUGCGAAAAACGAUGUAG